GAGUAAAAUUUUAAUGAUAAAAAGUUAAUGGUAAAAUGUUCACUGUAAAACUUUCAACUUUUCUUCUUGAAAAUGUGCAUAAUCCGACGUGGGAAAAAAAAUAAUGCACUGCAGUCAGUUCUGGGGAAACGGAAAGCUAAGUUUUAAUUUUGCUAUUGCUUUUGCUUUUUUAACAGAAAAGGUACGAAAAAGAAAAAAAUGGGAGAGAUGUUCCUGAACUCCGUCCCGCCUGUGGGCUGUGGGCCGUUAGCAAAGCUGGUAGCAUGAAAUCGUCGAGCACCGCUUGCGAAAUGCCAAAUCCUCGAGAGCGAGGCCGGAGGCUGCCAAACCCGCGCUGGGGAAACGGACGCCUCCGGGCGCCCCAUCCCGCUGCGGACGGAGGUGAGGUUGGAGCGAGCGCUGGCGGAAGAGAGGCUCAGCGCAGGGGGCGCAGAGCCGGCGCCGGCCAAUAUGCGCCGCAUGUGAUACCUUUGAGGGCGCGGCGGGGGAGGGUAGCGUCAAAUUUCAAAAAAAAAAAAAAAAAAAACCAAACCCACACAGCCCCGGCGGGCGGGCGCGCGCGAUGGGCGCCCUUUGGCUGCGGGAGCGAGUGGAGGAUGCUGGGAAGGAGGUAAAAUGGCCACCGGCGGCGGCGCGGAGGAAGAGAGGAAACGGGGGCGGCCGCAGCUUCUGCCCCCCGCGCGGCCCGCGGCCCGGGGCGAGGAGGCCGACGGCGGCCGCGAGAAGAUGGGCUGGGCCCAGGUGGUAAAGAAUCUAGCCGAGAAGAAGGGCGAGUUCCGCGAGCCGCGGCCGCCGCGGCGGGAGGAGGAAAGCGGCGGCGGUGGAGGGAGCGCCGGGCUCGGCGGCCCCGCGGGCCUGGCGGCGCCGGACCUCGGCGACUUCCCACCGGCUGGCCGCGGGGACCCGAAGGGCCGUCGGAGAGAUCCGGCCGGCGAGGCGGUGGACCCCCGCAAAAAGAAGGGCGCUGCAGAGGCGGGCAGGAGGAAGAAGGCCGAGGCGGCGGCGGCCGCCAUGGCGACCCCGGCCAGGCCCGGCGAGGCCGAGGACGCGGCCGAGCGGCCCCUCCAGGAUGAGCCGGCGGCGGCGGCGGCAGGCCCGGGCAAGGGUCGCUUCCUCGUCCGCAUCUGUUUCCAGGGAGACGAGGGCGCCUGCCCGACCAGGGACUUCGUGGUAGGAGCGCUUAUCCUGCGCUCCAUCGGCAUGGACCCGAGCGACAUCUACGCGGUCAUCCAGAUCCCGGGCAGCCGCGAAUUCGACGUGAGCUUCCGCUCAGCGGAGAAGCUGGCCCUGUUCCUGCGCGUGUACGAGGAGAAGCGGGAGCAGGAGGACUGCUGGGAGAACUUUGUGGUGCUGGGGCGGAGCAAGUCCAGCUUGAAGACGCUCUUCAUCCUCUUCCGGAACGAGACAGUGGACGUGGAGGACAUUGUGACUUGGCUCAAGCGCCACUGCGACGUGCUGGCCGUGCCGGUGAAAGUGACCGACAGGUUUGGGAUCUGGACCGGGGAGUACAAAUGCGAGAUCGAGCUGCGCCAGGGGGAGGGCGGGGUCAGGCACUUGCCAGGGGCCUUCUUCCUGGGGGCCGAGAGGGGCUACAGCUGGUACAAGGGGCAGCCCAAGACAUGCUUUAAAUGUGGUUCCCGGACCCACAUGAGCGGCAGCUGCACGCAGGACAGGUGCUUCAGGUGCGGGGAGGAGGGGCACCUGAGCCCUUACUGCCGGAAGGGCAUCGUGUGCAACCUCUGUGGCAAGCGAGGACACGCCUUUGCCCAGUGUCCCAAAGCAGUUCACAAUUCCGUGGCAGCUCAGCUAACCGGCGUGGCCGGGCACUAGACACCCGCCUGCCUGCCAGGGUGAACACACAGCCAGCUUACCCCUCUUAAGUGCCAAAACUUUUUUUUAAACCAUUUUUUAUCGUUUUUGAAGGAGAUCUUUUUAAAACCUACAAGAGACAUCUCUCUAUGCCUUCUUAAACCGAGUUUACUCCAUUUCAGCCUGUUCUGAAUUGGUGACUCUGUCACCAGUAACGACUGCGGAGAACUGUAGCGUGCAGAUGUGUUGCCCCUCCCUUUUAAAAUUUUAUUUUCGUUUUUCUAUUGGGUAUUUGUUUUGUUUCUCGUACUUUUUCUCUCUCUCCUUGCCCCCCUCCCGCCCUCCCCGCCCCAUACCUUUUCUUCCCCUGGAUUUUCACCCUUUGGGCUGCCUUGCUCAUCUUUAUGCCCCAGCACUAGGUACGGGGCCCAACACGUGGUAGGCACUCCAUCAGUGUUUGCUGAAUUGAAAACAUUGUUGACUGUGGCUUCUAUCAGAGUGUCUACCUUUUGCAGCUCUUCCCCUCCCUCAUUUAAUUUGCUGCUUUUAAUCUACGUGGUCUGAGAAUUUGUGAAACCAGUGUUGUUAGAAGUGUAUAUAAUCUGAAUCAAUAAGCUCUGAAUGGUGGCCAAGGGCCUCUCUUAUGGCACAAAGAUGCAUGGACUUCAUGACAGCUCUUUUGGUGACUCAGAAGCCAUUUUUUAUAGAAUCAUGGAAUCUAGAAUAUUCCUGCUGGAAAGAACCUGAGAGUUGGUUUGGACCAAUUCCCUGGUUUUCCAGCAGAUGAAACAGGCCCAAAGAGGUUAAAUGACUGGGUGAAAAUCACAUAGCUGUCUGGUGCCAGAGCCAGCCUAUAGUAGAGUCCCCUGACCCCAAGCCCGGUGCUCAUUCCACUACCUCUCACACUUCACAACAAUUUCCUCAACACUUGAGGGCCCAGAAAGUCUGAUCUCUCCAGAAUGAUCAGCCCAGAGGAAUGCUGAGAAAUCAUCUGGAGGAGGGAGCAGAAAGAGAAGGUUUUUAAGGAGGGGCUUCUGAAUACUUGGGAGACACGGAACGGACCAAGGACCACACUCCAGGGUGCAUUCGUUGCUCCCUGGGGCACCACUUCUGGAUUACAGUGUGCCAGGUCCUUUGGAGGCCCUACCCCUUCCCCAUUCAUUGCCACCAGUGAGAAAUGGGGGUGCCCCUGUGUAAAGAAACCUACCAAAGGUUUACAUUUGCACCUUAGCCUCAAUAGCUACGAACCCUAGAGAAGCAGCUAGCUGGAGCUCAUCUGCAACUCCUGAUUCUCAGGAGAAAGAUGGAUUUUAACCCAAAAUUAUGAGUGAGCUGUUAACUCUAAAAUGUACUUGGGAGAUAGGCCAAGCGAGAGGUCAUGGGCCGACUAAGUGUUAUCCAGUAGAAAAGACAGUACACUGCUUUUCUUUUAGUGUUUGCUUUUCCUUUGCUAUAUGUUUUGCUAUUUCCUCGUGGCUUAGAAUGUAAAAUUGAUUGUUAAAAGUUUUGUUCUGAAUAAAUAUUUAUCUUUUGUAUUGCUAAAA